GUGCCAGUUACAAAGCCUAGGCGGUUUCCCGGGUUGUUGUUGGGAGGAGACGGCUCGACGUCUAGACUCGCGGCAACUUAUCUCUCCGUAGAGCGCCCUUCCUCGGGCGCUCGGAAAGUGUGGGCGGCUUCUGACCGCAGGCCCCGCAAGGAGGUGUAUCCAGGCGGCUCGAGAACGACCCCGGGCGCCCAAGCGUCACCUUCGUCACCCACCCUGCGCCAUGUCCUGGAUGUUCAAGAGAGAUCCUGUUUGGAAGUACUUGCAGACUGUCCAAUAUGGUGGAGUCCAUGGAAAUUUUUCACGCCUCUCAUAUCCAACUUUCUUUCCCCGUUUUGAAUUCCAAGAUAUUAUCCCUCCAGACGACUUCCUAACUAGUGAUGAAGAGUUAGAUUCAGUUUUAUUUGGAACUUUGAGAGGCCAUGUUGUUGGACUACGCUAUUACACCGGAGUAGUUAAUAAUAAUGAAAUGGUUGCAUUACAACGAGACCCCAAUAACCCCUAUGAUAAGAAUGCAAUUAAAGUAAACAAUGUGAAUGGAAAUCAAGUUGGCCAUUUAAAGAAAGAUCUUGCAGCUGCUUUGGCCUAUAUUAUGGACAACAAAUUGGCACAAGUUGAAGGGGUAGUCCCUUUUGGUGCAAACAACGCUUUUACCAUGCCUCUGCAUAUGACUCUUUGGGGAAAAGAAGAAAAUAGAAAAGCGGUUUUAGAUCAGUUGAAAAAACAUGGAUUUAAAUUGGGUCCUGCACCAAAAACUUUUGGAUUCAGUUUGGAAAGUUGUUGGGGCUCUGGAAGAGCUGGGCCAAGCUAUAGUAUGCCAGUUCAUGCUGCAGUACAGCUGACAACUGAACAGCUUAAAACAGAAUUUGACAAAUUGUUUGAAGAUCUAAAAGAAGAUGAUAAAACUCAUGAAAUGGAACCAGCUGAGGCUAUUGAAACAUCAUUGCUCCCACAUCAAAAACAAGCUCUAGCUUGGAUGAUUUCCCGGGAAAACAGUAAAGACCUUCCACCAUUCUGGGAACAGCGAAGUGACUUAUACUAUAACACAAUAACAAAUUUUUCUGAGAAGGAUCGACCAGAAAAUGUCCAUGGAGGAAUUUUAGCUGAUGAUAUGGGUUUGGGCAAAACUCUUACAGCCAUUGCAGUAAUUCUUACCAACUUCCAUGAUGGUAAACCUCUUCCUGUUGAAAGAAUUAAAAAAAAUCAACUGAAGAAGGAAUGUAAUAUUAACCAUGGAUCUAUGAAAUUGGGAAGAAACAAUACCAGUGAAAAGACAGAUGAACUAACCAAAGGAUCUAGGUGUAGCGGAGAACCCAGUAUUUCAGAUGUCAAGGGAAAGAGUAAAUAUACCAAGUCAGAAUUGUCUAGUUCCUGCUCCAAAAGAAGAAAAACUGCUGUCCAGUAUACUGAAAGCAGCGAUUCAGAGGAAAUUGAAACUAGUGAAUUGCCACAGAAAGGGAAAGGCAAACUGAGAACUGCACAAUCAGAAAGUAAAAGCAGAAUUAAAGCAGAAUUUUCUAAGGUUAAAGAAGAUACAGAGUUUACAUGUGCACUUACUUCAUCUACUCCUGCAACAAAAAAGAAAAUGUUGAAAAGUGUCACAUCUGCAUUGGAGGGUUCAAAGAAAACUGAUGUAGAGAGACCAAGAACAACACUGAUCAUCUGUCCACUUUCUGUGUUAAGCAACUGGAUUGACCAGUUUGGACAACAUAUAAAAUCAGAUGUGCACUUGAAUUUUUAUGUUUAUUAUGGUCCUGAUCGUAUUAGAGACCCGGCUUUGCUUUCAAAACAGGAUAUUGUUUUGACUACUUACAAUAUUUUAACUCAUGACUAUGGAAUGAAAGGUGAUAGUCCAUUACAUAGCAUAAGGUGGCUAAGAGUGAUCCUGGAUGAAGGACAUGCCAUACGAAAUCCAAAUGCUCAGCAGACUAAAGCUGUACUUCAUUUAGAAGCAGAAAGAAAAUGGGUAUUGACAGGUACUCCAAUUCAGAAUUCUUUAAAGGACUUGUGGUCUCUUCUUUCCUUUUUAAAACUAAAACCAUUCCUUGAUAGAGAGUGGUGGCAUAGAACAAUACAGCGACCUGUCACAAUGGGAGAUGAAGGAGGACUUAGGCGUUUACAGUCCCUAAUUAAAAAUAUUACACUUAGAAGAACCAAGACAAGCAAAGUUAAAGGAAAACCUGUUUUGGAGUUGCCAGAACGUAAAGUAUUUAUUCAGCAUAUUACACUUUCAGAUGAAGAGAGGAAGAUUUAUCAGUCUGUGAAAAAUGAAGGCAGAGACACUAUUGGAAGGUAUUUUAAUGAAGGGACUGUCCUUGCUCACUAUGCAGAUGUCCUGGGUCUUCUGCUCAGAUUGCGGCAGAUCUGUUGUCAUGCUCACCUUCUUACCAAUGCAGUGUCUUCUAGUGUUCCCUCAGCCUUUUCUCUAGGAAAUGAUACACCUGAAGAACUACAAAAAAAGUUAAUAAGAAAGAUGAAGUUAAUUCUGAGCUCAGGUUCCGAUGAAGAAUGUGCAAUUUGCUUGGAUUCAUUAACAGUUCCUGUCAUAACACACUGUGCACACGUCUUCUGUAAACCCUGUAUUUGCCAAGUCAUCCAGAAUGAGCAGCCACAUGCUAAAUGCCCUUUAUGCAGAAAUGAUAUACAUGGAGACAAUUUAUUAGAGUGUCCUCCAGAAGAACUGACAUGUGAUACUGAGAAAAAGUCUAACAUGGAAUGGACAUCUAGCUCGAAGAUCAAUGCCCUAAUGCACACAUUGAUUGACUUAAGAAAGAAGAACCCCAACAUAAAGAGUUUAGUUGUUUCUCAGUUUACAACAUUUCUGUCUUUAAUAGAAACACCACUCAGAGCCUCUGGAUUUGUGUUUACUCGUUUGGAUGGUUCAAUGGCCCAAAAGAAAAGAGUUGAAUCAAUUCAGUGUUUUCAAAACACUGAGGCAGGAUCUCCAACUAUAAUGCUUCUAUCCUUAAAAGCAGGUGGAGUUGGUUUGAAUCUUUCUGCAGCUUCUCGAGUGUUUUUAAUGGACCCAGCCUGGAAUCCAGCUGCUGAAGAUCAGUGCUUUGACAGAUGCCAUAGACUUGGCCAGAAGCAAGAAGUCAUCAUCACAAAAUUUAUUGUGAAGGACUCUGUUGAAGAAAAUAUGCUGAAAAUACAAAAUACAAAGAGAGAACUUGCAGCUGGAGCCUUUGGAACAAAAAAAACAAAUGCCAGUGAAGUGAAACAAGCUAAAAUUAAUGAAAUCAAAACUUUAAUUGAUUUAUAAUUUGUGGGAUUUUGGUAAGAUUGGUUUGAUCAGAUAUACAGUUGUUUUAGAAAUGAGGAAAAUACAGUUUUAGAAAUGAGAUCUCGUGAAUAUAUCUUCUAGAAGGGGCAUUUUUUUUUUGUCAGUGAAGUAGUAUUACUGAUACAUAAUCUCUUCUAUAUAUGAACCUAUAUUUUAAUGAUAUUUAAAAUAGCAGUAAGUUCUGUUAUAUACUGUGGCCUAAAAGAAUUUUUUUGAGAACUAAAGUUACUUUGUUAUUCAAGUUUUCAUAGUAUCUCUGCUGAGUAUUUUCAUAUAUCUUGCAAGUACUCAGCUUUUUCAAAUUUCAAAUAAGGUAAAACCUUUUAUAUACUUUUGACCAAAUAGUUAUUUUCUAUGUUGGACACAUUUGGUUUUCCAUCAGUCCUCCUGUUUGUGAUGCAAUGGAUUCAACAGUCCUUGUAAGCUAUUCAUAUAUACACAGUCUAUAGAAAAGAUUGGUUUUAUUGGACUUUCAAAGACCAUAUUUGCAUUCCAGAACCAAACCUUAAAAUGAGAGACCAAAGUCCAAGUUAGUAAUUUACUUAUAAUUUUUUUUUUUUACAGUUUCAUUGAGAUAUAAUUCAUAUAAGUGAUUUGCAAUUUUAUGUUCAUGAAAAAGAUUAGGGACUGUGUUAGAGUACUGUGUUCUCCAUUUUAGUCAGGUACUAUUCAUUGCUUAAAUGUAACUUGAUGUGUUAGUGUGUAAAUAUGGUCUGUGGGGGUGAAAGGGAGCAAAUUCUACCCAAUUUGAUUUAAAUUAUGGAAUUGCUGAAUAGAUAUUUCUAUAUAUAGAUAACUUUUAUUUAUGUAGGUUUUUAAAAAAAUAACUUUAUACAUUUUUAUAAUUCUGAAGACUACUAUAUGUGAGAGGUAUAAUACCUAGAUGGAAGUUGGACUGGAUGACCUCCAAAAUAAUUUUGACUCUUAAAGACAUCUUAGUCCUGAAAGGAAAAAUGUCUUUGUUAUUGUGUUUAGAAUCAGAAUUUGUGUUUGGACCUUCAGUAAUUCAUCCUUCCAUCUAUCUACAGAAUUUAUCAUCUUUCUGUUACUUUUCUGUUAAUCAAACUCAUAGUAGUUGCCAUAGAAUUCUAGAUGAUUCUUUGAAUCACAUUUAAAACACAUAAGCUAUAAUUCAGCAAUCAGAUUAGGCAAUCAGUGUUGUUUUUCCCUUAAGGGAAACUUUUUCUUUUUUAAUUCAAAGAAAGAAGAGAUUAAUUACUGUAAUAGGAGAAGCUUUAUGUUUGAUGAUCCAGACUAGAGAACACCUUAUAUUUUACUUGUAGUGUUAGAAAGAUAGGAAAGAUAGGAAAUUGAGGCAAUGUUGUGUUCUGGGGCACACCAUCAAAGGUUUAUGCUAAAUCUAUUAACAGCUAAGUCCUCUCUUUCCUGUGUCCUGUCUCUUGCUUCAAGGAAACAGUGGGUUAGAUUGCAAGAAUUUUUCCAGUUUCUUUUCUCUUUGGCAGUAGGUGAGGUAGGGCUGAUGAAAAGGAUCAGCAGACCUUUCUACAGGGACAAGAGUGGACAGGGACACUAGCAUUAAGGAGCAAUGGGGAAGUUCUUUACAUUAUGGUACUAGCAUUACACAAAAAAUUGGGUGGAUCAAAAUCUCAUCAAAUACAGUAAGUGGAUUCUCUAUAUACCAGUUCUUCAGAGAGAGUAAAUAUAAAAGGAGUCGACAAAAAAACAAUACAGCCUAACUCUUCUGGCUUACAAAAGUAAAGUCUUGCAAGCUCACUAUAGAGGUGAAGACUGCUUGCUUCUUUACCCAAACAUUUCCAUACUUGUGUUUUUAAACACAUUCAUAAUAAAUUUGGCGAGUCAUUUAAAAAUACCUUUCUGUUUUUGUAUAUUCUAUUAAAUGGUGUUAAGUAAAAAACAAGAUUAAUCCAUCCUAAGAAAAUAUAUAAACCACUGGAAUGAAAACUUCACAUUAUGCUAUGUUGUUAAUUGUUUCAUUAUUAUGUAGAAUAAUAGCUUUAGAAGUAUCGUGAAGGCAUUGUAUUCCCACUUGUGGUUCAAACUGAAUUUUGUUUUAAAUCUAAAAUCAAUAAAAGUUUUAAAAAUUUA